AUGUCUACUUCUGCCGGAGAAAAAGUUCCUCUUCCUACAGUCAACGAAGUUGAAGGAUUGGAGAAAACAGAAGACCUAGUAAGUUUUUUGCGCACACAACGCUUAAGACUUGAGGAUAAACAUUUCAAUGUUUUUUAUGAACAAGAAGUUGAUGGCGAAGCUUUCCUCAGGUUGAAUGUGGAUAAGCUUAUAGCACACCCUUACAAACUUCCUGGCGGACCAGCUGAAAAAAUCUCGGGAUUGAUUGAAAAAAUCAAGGGCGAAGGACAGG